CAGACAAAUGCUCUGAUUGGACCUGAUCCUUUUCCAGGACAAGUCGCUCCUCCCACUCAGAGGACAGGUCAAAGAUGGCGUCGUUGAGGUGUUUUCUUCGCUCCGGGAAGAAUACCGUCUCGGUGGUCCUACGAAGAGAGUUCAGCAAGACAUCUCCGGCCGCUGUUCAGGUGAACGUCCGAGAUGCCCUCAACCAGGCCAUGGAUGAGGAACUGGAGAGGGAUGAGCGGGUCUUCCUUCUGGGGGAGGAGGUGGCUCAGUAUGAUGGAGCUUACAAGGUCAGCAGGGGGCUGUGGAAGAAAUAUGGUGACAAACGGAUCAUCGACACUCCAAUCACAGAGAUGGGCUUUGCUGGCAUUGCUGUUGGUGCUGCAUUCGCCGGGCUGAGGCCGAUCUGUGAGUUCAUGACCUGGAACUUCUCCAUGCAAGCCAUCGACCAGGUGAUCAACUCAGCUGCUAAGACCUGCUACAUGUCAGCCGGAGCGCAGCCUGUCCCCAUUGUGUUCCGCGGCCCCAACGGCUCCUCCGCAGGCGUUGCAGCCCAACACUCCCAGUGCUUCGCUGCCUGGUACGGCCACUGCCCCGGACUCAAAGUAGUCAGCCCCUGGAACUCCGAGGACGCCAGAGGUCUCCUCAAAGCAGCUAUCAGGGACGAUAACCCUGUGGUGUUCCUGGAGAAUGAGUUGAUGUAUGGUGUUCCCUUCGAGCUGUCUGAGGAGGUCAUGCAUAAAGACUUUGUCGUACCUAUUGGAAAGGCCAAGGUGGAAAGACAAGGAACCCAUAUCACUCUAGUGUCCCAUUCCCGCUGUGUGGGUUUCUGUCUGGACGCAGCGGCCGUCCUGGCUAAGGAGGGGAUUGAAUGUGAGGUGGUUAACCUGCGCACCAUAAGGCCUCUGGAUGUGGACACCAUCGAGGCCAGUGUGAUGAAGACCGGCCAUCUGGUCACAGUGGAGGGGGGCUGGCCCCAGUACGGAGUGGGGGCUGAGAUCUGUGCCAGAGUCAUGGAGGGCCCAGCCUUCAACUACCUGGACGCUCCUGCCGUCAGAGUGACUGGUGUAGACAUCCCAAUGCCAUACGCUAAGAUCCUGGAGGACCACAGUGUACCUCAGAUCAAAGACAUUAUCUUCUCAGUCAAGAAGGUCUUGAAUAUGUAAACAUACCAAUGUCUCCCUCCCUCUCCCACCCCUCUGUUACUUGCAGACCAACCUUAUUUACCUUUUAAGUAUUUACUUAUACAAUAGUAAGUACUGCAGGAAGUACUAAUCCCCCCAUGUCAAUUUACCAGUAAAUAUACACACAUCUCUACAGGAAAAUAGUCCCUAUUCACAUCACUACAGGACAAUUGUCCUUAUUCACAUCACAUGACUACAGGAAAAUAUUCCUUAUUCACAACACUACAGGAAAAUGGUCCUUAUUCACAUCACAUGGCUACAAGAAAAUAGUCCUUAUUCACAUCACAUGGCUACAGGAAAAUAGUCCUUAUUCACAUCACACGACUACAGGAAAAUAGUCCUUAUUCACAUCACACGACUACAGGAAAAUAGUCCUUAUUCACAUCACACGGCUACAGGAAAAUAGUCCUUAUUCACAUCACACGGCUACAGGAAAAUAGUCCUUAUUCACAUCACACGGUUACAGGAAAAUAGUCCUUAUUCACAUCACACGACUACAGGAAAAUAGUCCUUAUUCACAUCACACGGCUACAGGAAAAUAGUCCUUAUUCACAUCACACGGCUACAGGAAAAUAGUCCUUAUUCACAUCACACGACUACAGGAAAAUAGUCCUUAUUCACAUCACACGGCUACAGGAAAAUAGUCCUUAUUCACAUCACACGGCUACAGGAAAAUAGUCCUUAUUCACAUCACACGGCUACAGGAAAAUAGUCCUUAUUCACAUCACACGGCUACAGGAAAAUAGUCCUUAUUCACAUCACACGGCUACAGGAAAAUAGUCCUUAUUCACAUCACACGGCUACAGGAAAAUAGUCCUUAUUCACAUCACACGGCUACAGGAAAAUAGUCCUUAUUCACAUCACACGGCUACAGGAAAAUAGUCCUUAUUCACAUCACACGGCUACAGGAAAAUAGUCCUUAUUCACAUCACAUGGCUACAGGAAAAUAGUCCUUAUUCACAUCACACGACUACAGGAAAAUAGUCCUUAUUCAGAUACAGUAAUACCUACAUGUACUUGCACUUCUGUUUCCUGUUUGGAUGGUGGACAGACAAGACAGUGAUGUCAAGUAAACCAACUAACUCAUCAACGUUGUAUAGUAGAGAUCUGUCAUUGAUCCAUUUAUGAAAAUACUUGAAGAAGAAGAAGAUAUUGUUGUUUGUAAGGACAUGUAUUUAUUAUGGCUGAUAUUAUUGUACCAACUCCAGACUGUAUUAUUGUAUUUCUGUAAAUGGCUCUGUUACAGAAAUAAAACUCCCAUUUUAUCAGUCUCUGAA